CGUCGUGGCGGUGGCAACAGGAAGAUAAGAAACGUGAGAGAGGGAGAGAGAGAGAGGGAGAGAGGGAGGGAGAGAGAGAGAGAGAGACCGCAAAGGCCGAGCGACGGUAAAGCGCCGGAUUAACGGUGGUGCCAGAUGACAUGGAGUCAUACUUAAUACCGUAAUCCCAUCAGCAGGAUAUUGGUAUUUAUGAAUUGUCGGUAAAGGUAUGACGAGGCACACUGUGACAGGCAGCCUGAUCAGAAAGCAUGGUGCUCAGGCUCAAUGGCAAGAGUGGACAACAGAGUCACAGGAUGGUGAUCUUUGCUGCCAUCUUCAUCCUGAUGACACUCUUCUUCCUGUAUGGCUCCAACAAUGGCAGCAGUGACGUCUACACCCCCAUCCACAUUACUGCAAAUCACCCUCUCCUAAUAACAGACUUGAAAAAGUGGGCUGGGAAAGACGGAUACACGCCAUUUCAAGGAAACAAGAGUAUGACCCUGCACUGUCACAGCUGCGCGCUGGUGACGAGUUCCAGCCACGUCCUGGGGAGUCAAGCGGGAGAAGAGAUCGACCAAACGGAGUGUGUGAUACGCAUGAAUGAUGCCCCCACUUUGGGGUAUGAGAGCGACGUGGGCACGCGGACUUCCCUCAGGGUCGUAGCUCACUCCAGUGUGUUCAGGGUGGUGCGGAGGCCAAACGAGUUCUUACACCGCACAGACAACAACCCCAUGAUGAUAUUCUGGGGACCCCCGAACAAGAUUGGAACUAUGUACAGACUGAUCCAGAGAGUCAGCUUGACCUACAAGAACAUGUCUUUUUUCAGCAUCAAUCAAAGCAAGAUGCGCAAAUUUGACAGUCUCUUUUACCGCGAGACGGGACGAGACAGACAAAAAUCUCACUCGUGGUUGAGCACAGGCUGGUUCACCAUGGUCAUAGCCAUCGAGACAUGUGAUAACAUCAAGGUGUAUGGGAUGGUUCCCCCCAGCUACUGUGGAGAAAAACAUGUAUCCAAGAAGAUGCCAUACCACUACUACAAACCCAGGGGGUCGGAUGAAUGUUUGACAUACCUGCAGAGCGAGGGCGGCCGCAGAGGAAACUACCAUCGCUUCAUUACAGAGAAACAGGUGUUUGCACGCUGGGCAAAGCAGUACAACAUCACCUUCACUCACCCCGACUGGUGAAAAAAAAGACUGAAAGCCUGCACUCAGUGGCCCGGAUGAGUAUUAUAGGCUGGAUUUCAUUUUCAAUCUUCCCCCGACUGGGUCUUCAAAUAGCCAAAUGGUGAAGAUAAAUGGCAGCUUUUGCUAAGAAAACAAAUAUUAUUUGAUCUAAUGACUGAGUAGACAUAAGGAAACAUUUUCCUCAUGCACAAACUCACCUAUGGGAGCUCUCUGAAGUCCUCAGUGUAUCAGUAUUUCUGUAAAUAAGGAGACAAAUCAAGCUAAGAAUUGGUUUGUACGCAUUUCUAUUUUGUUAUGUAUUGAAAAUAAUAAUAAGUGGCUCACCGAAUAUACCGUAUUUAUAAUAUGUAUAUGUAUAUAUAUAUAUCUUGUCUAUUAUACAGACAAUGUAUUCUGUAGAUUACACUGCAGUGAUAUUCAGGAGAUUUCUAAGUCAGUCUACAUAGGAGCCUUAUAAGCAAUUUGGCCAAGAGUUAGAACAAUUCCUACAACCAAAAAAACAUCCACACAUAUUCUAAUUAAAACAGAAAACCAAACAUAACCUUAAAUAAAACAACAAAAACAAAACACUGAAAUAAUAUAUUAAAUACUGUACUUGUACAGUUUGAUCAAAGCGCCAAUGCUGGUUUUAUGAUGCUUUAGGUUUUUAAAAUAAA